AUCAACACGUGCAUUCGUGACUCCAGCGGUGACGUCAUGGCGCAGGAAUGCAGGUGUGAGGUUUUAAGCGUCGAGCAUCAGGUCACGCGACUCUUCGACCGGGAAGCUUCUCAGACACGACGAGCGACGCCGUCGACAUGUUCAGCAACAUCGACCCCAACAAACCCACACACCCCUGUGGCUACGACCUGGACCCCAGACCAGAGGACCAGGGGCCUCGCGGGGGCCGCGACCACGACCCCCGGUCCGGAGGCAAGUCCGACUGUGGCCCCGCUGGGGGUCGCCGUGACGACGAUCGUCAUGGAGAGGACGGGGAAGACUGCCGCCAAGGGGGUCGCCGUGACGACGACCGCCGUGGAGAUGACGGUAAAGAUGGCUGUGGAGGAGGUCGCCGUGACGACGGCCGCCGUGGAGAUGACGGUAAAGACCGCCAUGGAGGAGGUCGGCGUGACGACGAUGGCAAAGACUGCAAAGGUGGGGGUCGCAACAGAGAUGACGGCGACAGGCAGAGGCGCAGCAGCUCCGAUUGCCAUGGAAACCGCAAACAAAGCCCCCGUCGUCGCGACAGCAGCAGCGGAAGCGGAAGUGGGAGCGGCAGCGGCAGCGACGACGGGCACGGUGGCAGACGCAUGAAACAUCGCGGGCACAA